AUGGAAGCAAUCUCGCCUUCUUCGUCGUACCGAACGGUACCUGAUCUCAAUGCCGGCAGCGAGUCGGAAGGAAGUACGGUUGGUUCUCGUCCAUCAUCGCCGAUUGAGUACGAAACGACAACGACGACACGUCACGGAACGGCCUUGGUGUUGGAACAGCCCACACUAGUGAGCUUUGUGCCUACGUCUGAGAUCCAGACGGCGGUAAGCAUCACGCGCGACCGUGUCGUCAUCGAUACCAUCCUACCACCAACCGCCACGCUCGCACGUUCAACCCCGCGCGCAGCGGCUCUUGGUUCAGAGCACGCGCCUCUUGGUCAAGAAGAGAGACAGGCGGUGCUGGAAAGGCACCAGGCGGAGCUAUAUGAGCUGUUGGCGAAGAAGUUCACGCCAAAUUAUGACCCGACGGGCAAGAUCAGGGACGACAUAUUCACGACCCUAACGCAGCUCACGCGAUUCCCGGAUCCACCUGGCCUCAAGACGGCAAGCGACGAAGACAGGUGUCCGUGUAUAUGCUGCGAGCUGGGCUGUGAUCAUCCGCUCGAGCCACAUCCACAGCAAGAAACAAGCCGCGGCGAAACCAGCACGCAUUUGACGCAGGAAGCUGGGCAGGAGGAGCUGCAUUCGUUCCUCGAGAUGGACAAGCCGCGUUUUGGGAGGCCGGAACGAUUGCUGUCGCUGCGUGCGCUCGCAGGCGCGUCAGACCGGGAUGGAGACAAGAGAAGUGGCGGCUUCUGGGCAUUUGGUCGAUCCAACCGCUCGAGCUCGCAGUCGGACUUCAGUCAGUCCACUCAAACUACGUCGAGCUCCACACAAGGGUCCUCGAAACCCCCGCGAGCAGCGAAUGCAACAGCUGAGGUCGGCCGCUCGCGCUCGUUGUCGGAUCUGGUCCGAAGACGACGCAGCAAGCAUAUUGCGGCGACAUCCACUCCGCCACCGCGCACCGACCAUAGAGAAGCGGUGGUGCUGCCUGCACGUACGUCGUCGCAAGCUGAGCUGCGCUUCCGAGCCGAGACACCGCAGGAGACGCCCCAACCUCCACCGCGCCGCAGCAGUAAGCGAUACGCCAUUGUGUCACGAAAGCCCGUCCCGCCACACCAUCCCACUGCCUCCCGUUCGGACCCUGCGCUGCAUGCAGCACUUGCGCGCUCGGGCACAACCGCAUAUGCCAUCGACCGCAUCGUCGAAGAAGACGAAGGCGACGAGACCCUUUCGCGCCGACACUCGGCGCUCAUGUCGAGCUUCCAUGCGCAUCCCGAUCCAUGGUCGCAGCCUCUGCACACUCCUACCUCGACAACGCAUGUCGGGGUAGCCAUCUAA